GCAUCAUGUAUUUGGUACUAGGCUACGUGGUGUUGUUUGUGAUAAUAGUAAUCGGCAACCUAGGGACUGUCCUAGCCGUGAUACUGAGCCGUCAGUUGUUGAGAAUCAACUCCAACUACCUGAUACUGAGCCUCGCUAUUUCGGACCUGUUUAUUGGCCACGCGACCCUCUACGAUUUAAUUUUACAUAUUCACGAAGACCUCAAUACCAAGAUUGCAUGCAUACUUAGGUACGUUUUUUUGUGUGUCGCUUGUACAGCAAGUCUUUACAACGUAACAGCAAUAGCCAUCGAUCGGUUCAUUGCCAUCGUUUAUCCGUUCAAGUACCUGACAUAUGUGACUCGUAAGGUAGUACUCGUAAUGAUAGCCAUCAACUGGAGUGCAGCUAUCCUCAUAUCUGUGGUGCCCAUUUUUUGGAAUCAUUACGACACGGAAAGUGGAUGUUCACUCAGUACCGUCAUUCCCAGUUACUUCGUGCAGAUCAUUUUGAUACCGAAUUUCGUGAUAGUCUGGGUCAGUAUGUUCUUUCUUUACUGGAAAAUCUGGAGGAAAGCGAGGGCGCACACGCAAAGGUCGAAAAUAAGGUCAAAGGAGACCGGCCAGAGAAAUAGUUCCAGCUACAAUAAGAGCAACCAGUACCAGCCCAGUCUGAUGGUAAAUUCAGUGACAGAUUGGAUAGCAAUGUGCAAUUGCGGAAUCAAUCCCCUUAUCUACGCCUGGAAAAACUCGAGCUUCCGUCAAGCCUAUCGUCAUUCCUUUGAGUUUAAACCAUCAAGUCAUGACGAUUGUGCCAGAACUUCAAAAUAUGAUAAUAGACUAUCGAAAGAGUCAUCUGAUGGCGUGAAUCAUCACAAACUUUGUACAGGCGUUGUGUCAAAGACAGUCUCGUUCAAGCUUUCCAACGAGAUCCGAGUACAAGGCGUGGUUUUUUGA